CCUAAGACUUGCUUCUUCCGGUCAAACGAUUGCUUCUUUUGGAAUUUGGUGAAUGUCCUAAGUAUCCUCUCGUUUGUCUCUUCCCAAUCCCUCUUCUUUUCCCCAACCACAAUCUUUCCCCACUUUUUAGUAUGGCAGACACCCUCGCUGAGGCCAGCUACUUUAUCUAUGUCACCCAGGUUUAUUUCUGCGCGAUGUAUGCGGUAGUCAUAUGGGACUGGCUGGUUUCUUUCCCUAGAGAAUGGCGCUUCGUGUGGAAAACGCACUGGACUCCGGUCAAAGUCGCCUAUCUUUUCUGCCGCUACUGGGUCAUCGCUGUCGUACCUUACCUUCUUUACGCCUUUGUGAAGGACCAUUCGAGAGAGACCUGCGAGAAGAUUUACAGGAUUCCAGUUGCACUCGCCAUGUGGAAUCAAGUCGGCUCUGAAUCUGUCCUUCUUAUUCGUACCUAUGCAUUCUUCAACAGAAACAUCUACAUUCUCUGGUUCCUUCUCGCUGCCAUUGGAGGCGUCGUUGCCUAUCAGCUUUACGUGGACACUACUCAAAUGUUGCUCCUUCCGUUUGUUAAGCCUCCUUUCGACAGCGGCCCUUGCUUCCCUAUGUCAAAGCCUCACUCGGCGCAUUUACUAGGGUUUUUUAUCGCGCCACUCCUCUUCGACACCGUCGUGACCUUUAUGACCGUCAUCAAAGCAAUCGCUAUCCGCAGACGUAACGGUGGACCAAACAGUCGUCUAAUCCAGACAUUCCUGCGCGAAGGUGUUUUCUACUACAUAUUGAUCUCCAUCGCCAAUUUGAUUAAUGGUAUUUUUUACCUUCAACCUCGUCAAGUGAUUUCUGCGAUUAAUAUCCCGCUGAGCGUUAUGAUGGCACCGGUUCUUGCUUGCCGUCUCAUCCUCGACUUGAGAGAGCGUGGUUCUGAGACUGUUUCGCACUCCGACGGUACGGGAAUGGCGGCAUUUACCACCAAAUCUGUCACUCAAAAUUCUCCGUUCACUCCUCCCCAUAUGAGGCAUAAGUCCUCGGGGUAUGGCGCUUAUGGUUCUCGUCAUGCCCGUGCUAUCGACUCGAAUAUCGUGCUUAGCACUCUUGGUAGCAUCGUUGCAGACCCCAUGGAUCUGUCUCUCGACCAGGAUCUUGCCGAAUCCGAAAGCCGAAUUGGAUACGGUAUGGACUUUAGCACUGCUAUUGGCGGAGACGAUGGGGAGCCCAUCCCUAUGGCGGAGCAUAGUAGUGAGCUCAUUAGUCGCGACGAUCUCAGCGACAGAGAUAGUCCGUCUAUCAAAACGCCCGCCCCUACCUACCGCACUUUAGAAAUGGGCUUCCGGCCUGCGAGGGCCCCCAGUCUCACUGAGCGCGGAGUCGGGGGAAUCAGAGUGGAAGUCGAGAAAGCGACAGCUACCAUGUGAUUCAGUGGAUCAACUUCCGUCGUCCUCGAUCCUCCAUUUCUUCAACAUUCUUUCCCCCUUCCCUCUCUCUUGUAAGCAAUCAUACAUUUGGAUUUUCU